AUGCAAAUCAAAGUCAAGACUUUAACUGGAAGAGACAUGCCCCUUGAUGUUGAACCACAAGACAAAAUCAUUAGAAUCAAAGAAAUGAUGGAAGAAAAAGAAGGUAUAUCCCCUGCUCAACAAAGAUUGAUCUUCAAUGGGUCUCAAUUGAAUGAUGACCAAACCGUUCAAGAGUCUGGUAUUCAAGCUGGUUCAUCUUUGCAUUUAGUUUUGACAUUGAGAGGAGGUAAUUAG